AUGUAUUUGAUUCAUAGCUAUGAACCAACUCAAGCUGAUGUUUCUGUGUUCAAAGAACUUGCCAGUAAGGUUCCUGACCAUGUGAAGUUCCCUCAUGCCGCACGAUGGUACAAUCAUAUUGCUUCUUAUUCUGACGAAUUCACCUCACUGCCUGCAGAACGAUUAAAGGCUGAACGUCUAGAAGCGUAUCGCAAAAAAAAGGAAUCUAAGCCAAAGGUUAUCGCUAAAAGUAUGGUUUGCUUAGAUGUCAAACCUUGGGAAGAUACUACUGAUCUGGUUGAAAUGGAAAAGCUUGUGAGGGGUGUUACUUUGGAUGGGCUCGUGUGGGGAGCUUCUAAAUUGAUUCCAAUUGGCUAUGGUAUCAAAAAGUUACAAAUUUCAUGUGUCGUUGAGGAUGAUAAAGUUGGCAUUGAAGAACAAAUUACUGGAUUUGAAGAUCACGUUCAAAGCGUUGAUGUUGUUUCCUUCAACAAAUUGUAA